UUUGAGCAAUCGUUAACCAAACGGUACCGCCGUACCGGUGGGUCAACUAGAAGACGCUUAGCAUCGGUGGCAAACGGAAGGGCAUAGAGUACGCAAGACUGUCGGAGACGAGGGAGGAGCGGCGCACGGUCAGUGGGACACUGUGAAGUCUUUUUAGGAAUUUUGUACUGUUUAUUCGACAUUGGAGCUCCAUGAAACCUCCGGCGUCAACUUCCUAUAAAGCUCCCGUCAGGUUCAGGAUGCCGACUGCGGAGAAUUUGGUGCCAAUUCGACUGGACAUCGAAAUUGAUGGCCAGAGGUUCAAAGAUGCUUUUACUUGGAACCCUUCUGAUCCCGAUUCAGAGGUGGCGGUGUUUGCGAAAAGGACAGUGAGAGAUUUGAAGCUCCCUCCAGCAUUCAUAACUCAGAUUGCUUCAUCCAUUCAAUCGCAGCUAGCAGAAUUUCGAUCACUUGAAGGGCAGGAUAUGUACACUGGGGAGAAGAUUGUUCCAAUUAAGCUUGAUCUUCGAGUAAAUCAUACGCUUAUAAAGGACCAGUUUUUGUGGGACUUGAACAACUUUGAGAGUGACCCUGAAGAGUUUGCUAGAACUUUCUGCAGAGAUCUGGGCAUCGAAGACCCUGAAGUUGGACCUGCAAUUGCCUUCGCAAUUAGAGAGCAACUUUUUGAGAUUGCAAUUCAAAGUGUAGCUUCAGCAAGAGAAAGCAGGAUAAACAAGAAGGGUCGCCGGGGGGCUGAACAUUUUCCAGCCAGUAAAGCAGGCGGUGCUGUAUUGGACCUGAUGAAGCUAUUUGGUCAUAAAUCUAGUGUUGUCCGGAAAAGAAAGGAGUGGGAUGUAUACGAACCCAUUGUUGAUCUUUUAUCUAAUGAGGAAGUGGAUGCCCUUGAAGCAAGAGAAGAGAGGAAUUUUUGGUGAAUUAACACUUUUGUGAGGCGUGCAUGUAGAUUUCACUAUGAUAAAAAGCCUUUUGCUGUACUUACAAAAUAAUGUAAAUCCUAGGUUUGCACAAUGAACUUGGUAUCUUUUGCUGUUUAGUUUUUCCCCGAAUUUUCUGUAGAAACAUGAUGUCUAAUAUUUGAUAAGUGAACACGUUGGAACUCAUGGGUUCAAACUUUGAAUUAGUGAUAAGUUUCCAGUGUAUUUGCAGA